UAUUCCACAGAACGAAACAACAAGAAUUAUUAAAUCCACGACAGUCACUCUUUAUCUCUCAAGUCCUGUAGAUGAAGACUAGAUCCCAAACCUACUCUUGAUUUCCCCACUAACAGAGAGACAGACAGCUACAAUUCACCUUUUGAUGGAUCUUCCACUAAAUCAAAACCAGCUCUUGGUGAGGAUUUGAAAGAAUCCUCUAAUCCCAAAUUACAGUCAACCACAGCCGCAGAAUCUCUGGUUUUCUUUUUCUCAAUAAUUGUUUCAACCUUUUGAAGCCGACCCACAAUCUGAUAAGCUUUAAUUCCCUCCCGCUCUUCAUUCCAAUCCAAACAAAACCCAGAAGAUAUGAAUUUCAGGAGCUUAGAAGAGUUCUGGCCCUUCUAUGUGACGCAGCACUCAAAACCAUCAACGAGGUGUUGGCAUUUUGUCGGCACACUUACAAGUAUGCUAUUUUUGCUCUGCUCGGUGUUCGUUAAUUGGUGGCUUUUGCUCUUUGUGCCUUUCUUUGGUUAUGGUUUCGCCUGGUACAGCCAUUUCUUUGUGGAAAGGAAUGUUCCUGCAACUUUUGGGCAUCCAUUUUUGUCUCUUCUGUGUGAUUUUAAGAUGUUUGGAUUGAUGAUCACCGGCCAAAUGAAUAAAGAGAUCAAGAGGCUUGGGAAGAGGCCUGUGUUGCAGAGUUUCUAGUCCUCAAUAUACUAAGGCUUUUUUUUUUUUUCUGUUUGUUUCCUGCGAAAAUAAUCAUGCAUGUAUUGUUUCUUGUUAGUUAAUUCUUGUGUGUUGUGAGGAAUGUAAACACGUUGAUUUCUAAAUUAAACACAGACAUUUUAGAAGAUUUAGAUUUAGCUGAGCUACAUGCCUGCUUUAAGGCAAUGUGAAGAAAAGGAAAAGGAUU